GAAGAAGAAGAAGAAAAAUUGGAGGUUAAUGCGAAAUAUUUCUAUCAGCUAACGCACAGCCAAUGUUUUGUUUAUUCCAUUGCUAAGUUUUCAUUUUGGUAAACAAUAAUACUUUUCACGGGUUAUGGAGGACUGUAAUAAUCUGGAGGAAAGAACAGAAAAGGAUAAGCAUUCCCAUGUAGUAAUCAAAAAUACUUCCGAUUACCAACGAAUGAAGCUAGAAAAGCUGAUGAAAAAUCCAGACAAGCCUGUUCUUAUUCCCGAAAGGCCAAAAGAAAGAGGUUCACCACACGUCCCUGACUUUGUUCGGAAUGUUAUGGGUUCUAGCGCAGGUGCAGGUUCUGGAGAAUUCCAUGUAUACAGGCAUUUAAGACGAAAAGAAUACGCCAGACAGAAAUAUAUGCAAGAGAAGGCAAAGAAGGAGAAAGCCGAUGAAGAAUACAAAAACAGAUUGGAAGAAAAUAGAAGACAAGCUGAAGCAAAAACGGCUAAAAAAAGGGCAAAAAGAGUAAAAAGCAAACGAAAAAAGAAGGAAGCAACAAAAAGACUCAAAGUGAAUAGAGCGUCUUCAUCAGAGCAAAGUGACAGUUCUGAAAAAUCUGACUGUAAUACGGAAGAGACAUGUCGUGAGCAAACGUCAUCUGCAAGUGUUCUAAGAAAAGAUAUUGGUGCUAAGGAGAGCCAGACAAAUAAAGAUGCAACAGCAACGAUUGACGACCAUGAAAACAUUGUAAGUGAAAGUUGCAUGGAUACUACGUAAAGUAAUAUAUCGGACAAGUCGAUUAUGAGCAUAUGAGGUUAGGACAUAUUAGGUUAGUUGUCAAGCACAUUGGUUUAUUACAAAGUGUUAUCUGAUAAAUAAAUAAAGUGUUUCAAUUCUAGUGUAAA